AUGAAAACCUACUCAUUAACUAUCCUGCUUAAAGGCUCAACUAAAGUUUUGACAUUGAAAGCAGCCUAUGAUCUUUCAUCGUUUUGUUAUUCCCAACGGAAAAGUGUUCAGGAAUUUAUGCACUUUACUAGCCAGAUCAUUGUUGAAAGGACUCAGCUUGGAGUGAGAACAUCUGUGACAAAACAAGAUUAUCUUUGUCAUGCGUACAUACGUAAUGAUAGUCUAGCCGGUGUUUUGAUCGCAGACCAUGAAUAUCCAAACCGUGUGGCUUUCUCCUUGAUAAGUAAAGUCCUGGACUCUUUUGCAGAACAAGUGAAGCCAAACACGUGGCAUAAGAUAACAGAAAACAAUGCAGACUACUCAGGAUUAGACGAAUUUAUAGCAAAUUAUCAGAAUCCAAGAGAAACUGAUGCAAUUACAAGAAUUCAGACUAAAUUAUAUGAAAAACAAGACAGAAUGCAAAGUACUUUAAACGACGUUCUACACAGGGGAGAAGAACUAGACGACUUAGUUUCGAAAACAUUCCACAAAACAGUAAGGUUGCAAUUAGUAAAGUAA